AUCAACGUUAUGUUUGCGCCCAGGCUCCCGGAAGUGGGCGGUACUUAUAGUGACAAGGACGACGGCGGCCCCGCCCCUCCCCUGAGCAUGUGACCGGACCGUUGGGAAAACAACAACAAUCCGCAGCCAAUGGGAACAGGGGGUUUGGCCACGUGCCAAGGGGCGUGCCGUUUGUUGAUGUUCCCGCUCGACCAAUGGGAGCGGCGGAGGCGAGUGGGCGUGGCGGGACGGAGAGGGGGGCGUGGUCCCGGUGCGCGCCUUCUCCUGCUCGGUUUUUCCCCGCCUCCCGAAUAUGGCGGCUGUGAGCACCGCACUCCCGCUCCGAGCUCCCCGGGACAGCAUGGGAGGCGUGCGGGAACCCGGGGCCUGGCAGGGAGCGGAGGUCCCUCUCUCCUGCUGUGACUGCGGAGCCCGACGCGAGAGGAUUCUGGCCGAGUGUCACCCCGGGCACUGCCAGCGCCAUAUUCUCCCUACCCAGCAGCCCCAGUGCGGCAGCAGCUACAGCCCUCAGGCACCGCCCUCUUCCGUCAUUCCUGUCCCCAAACACAGGCUGGACGAGGCAAUUGCUGCUGCUGCACUGACAAGUUUGUCAUCGGGCCCCAUGGUUGUGGGUGUGGGGGCCACAGACUGUAACGCACGGCCGUGCCGGGAUAGCGCCGCCUCCAUCUGCCGGAGCCCCUGUGAUCUGUACAUGGAGAUGCCCCCCCCGUACCCCCUCUCUGCCCCCCCGUACCCAGCACCCCCGGAUGCCGCUAUCGAGGACUCAGACACCACCCACCUCCUGUUUGGGGACCCGAUUCCCCGAAAGAGAAAGAAUUCCGGUCGGAUCCUGUUCCGCUGCCUGUGGAAGAAUUGUGGGAAGGUUCUCAGCACCUCAACUGCCAUCCAGAAGCACAUCCGAGUGGCGCAUCUGGGGCGGAGCUUAGAGCACAGUGAUGGGGAGGAGGAUUUCUAUUACACAGAGAUUGAUAUCACCAUGGAUACCCUGAGUGACGGGCUCUCCAGCCUGACCCCCACCUCCCCCACCACCUGCGGCCCCCCAGCCUUCCCCUACGCCAUGUCCCUGGGAGCCACCAACGGCACCGACCUGCCCCUCGUGUCCCCCCUGAGUCUGUCAGCGCCCGGCAACCUGUGCCACGUGCACUCCGACCAUCCUUACCAGGCUCCUGUUACCAGUUGCGACUCCCCCAAAGUUGGAUUUUCCUGGCAGUCGCCCCCAUUGCUCAUCAGAGCCCCGACUCUCCGCCCAAUGCUGAGUGCAAUUGAGAAGGUGCAGCCCCAAGUGAUCGCCGCCCCCAGCUCUAAGCCCAACCCACUGACCCGGAAGCCGCGUGGGGAAGCCAAGAAGUGCCGCAAGGUGUAUGGGAUGGAGCGGCGGGACAUGUGGUGCACCUCGUGCCGCUGGAAGAAGGCCUGUCAGAGGUUCAUAGACUGAGGCGCCGGGCACUUUGGGUCGGAACCAGGACAGUUUUAGGCUCCUGAUUUUUCUAAUGAAUUCCCUUCCCAGUGGGCUCGGCCUGGCGCGGGGGCUUUUCUCAGGCAGGGGCUUAUGUGUAAAUACCCCCGGCACUGUCCUGCCCAUAGGGGGCACUAUCUCCCCAAGCCCACAGGGGGCAGUGCCACCUUCUUCCUGGAACCAGGCAUGCUUGUUUUUACCCCAGCUGGGGGGGUAAUAGCAGUUUGUUGCUAUCUUUGCACAGUAAGGGGCAACUUUUAUACGUGUAUUAGUGAGUUUUGUACCCUGCGGGGGCACCGUGACUGCACUAUUACUGGGGUGAGUGGGGGUACUUGUGUGAGUGUGAGUGGGGGCAGUUGUAAUGAAGAGCCCUCGGGAGUGGGGAGGGUUGGUGCUUGCGGGUCAGGCCUUGCCCUGUGCCGGGGCACUUCCCAUGGGGUAUUUCAGCCAUACGUCCCCCCCCCAAACCUGUGGGGCAGCUACAGAGUCCAACCCACCUUAGAGCAGAUGUGGCCCGUUCUGCCCCGUGCCCGGUCCUGCCCUCUGUGCUGGGUAUCAGGCCAAGUCUGCCGCCCAAUCACAGCCCAGUUCCUACCGGUACCAAAUAGUGAGCCCAGUUUGUGUAUAUUGGGGGGCACCCAGCCCAACUGGCACUUGCACAAGUGUGGCCGGGCACGGCGGGCAUCCCUUGCACUAAGUGUGGGUGGGCACGGCGGGCAUCCCUUGCACUAAGUGUGGGUGGGCACGGCGGGCAUCCCUUGCACUAAGUGUGGGUGGGCACGGCAGGGAUCCCUUGCACUAAGUGUGGCCGGGCGCGGCGGGCAUCCCUUGCACUAAGUGUGGGUGGGCACGGCGGGCAUCCCUUGCACUAAGUGUGGGCGGGCGCGGCGGGCAUCCCUUGCACUAAGUGUGGGUGGGCGCGGCGGGCAUCCCUUGCACUAAGUGUGGCCGGGCGCGGCGGGCAUCCCUUGCACUAAGUGUGGGUGGGCACGGCGGGCAUCCCUUGCACUAAGUGUGGCCUGGCGCGGCGGGCAUCCCUUGCACUAAGUGUGGGUGGGCGCGGCGGGCAUCCCUUGCACUAAGUGUGGCCGGGCGCAGCGGGCAUCCCUUGCAGUAAAUGUGGCCUGGCACGGCGGGCAUCCCUUGCACUAAGUGUGGACGGGCGUGGCGGGCAUCCCUUGCACUAAGUGUGGCCGGGCGCGGCGGGCAUCCCUUGCACUAAGUGUGGGUGGGCACGGCGGGCAUCCCUUGCACUAAGUGUGGCCGGGCACGGCGGGCAUCCCUUGCACUAAGUGUGGCCGGGCGUGGCGGGCAUCCCUUGCACUAAGUGUGGCCGGGCACGGUGGGCAUCCCUUGCACUAAGUGUGGCCGGGCGCUGCGGGCAUCCCUUGCACUAAGUGUGGGUGGGCACGGCGGGCAUCCCUUGCACUAAGUGUGGCCUGGCGCGGCGGGCAUCCCUUGCACUAAGUGUGGGUGGGCACGGCGGGCAUCCCUUGCACUAAGUGUGGCCGGGCGCUGCGGGCAUCCCUUGCACUAAGUGUGGGUGGGCACGGCGGGCAUCCCUUGCACUAAGUGUGGCCUGGCGCGGCGGGCAUCCCUUGCACUAAGUGUGGGUGGGCGCGGCGGGCAUCCCUUGCAGUAAAUGUGGCCUGGCACGGCGGGCAUCCCUUGCACUAAGUGUGGACGGGCGUGGCGGGCAUCCCUUGCACUAAGUGUGGCCGGGCGCGGCGGGCAUCCCUUGCACUAAGUGUGGCCGGGCGUGGCGGGCAUCCCUUGCACUAAGUGUGGCCGGGCACGGUGGGCAUCCCUUGCACUAAGUGUGGCCGGCACGGCGGGCAUCCCUUGCACUAAGUGUGGGUGGGCAUGGCGGGCAUCCCUUGCACUAAGUGUGGCCGGGCGCUGCGGGCAUCCCUUGCACUAAGUGUGGGUGGGCACGGCGGGCAUCCCUUGCACUAAGUGUGGGUGGGCAUGGCGGGCAUCCCUUGCACUAAGUGUGGGUGGGCACGGCGGGCAUCCCUUGCACUAAGUGUGGGUGGGCACGGCGGGCAUCCCUUGCACUAAGUGUGGCCGGCACGGCGGGCAUCCCUUGCACUAAGUGUGGCCGGGCGCUGCGGGCAUCCCUUGCACUAAGUGUGGCCGGCACGGCGGGCAUCCCUUGCACUAAGUGUGGCCGGCACGGCGGGCAUCCCUUGCACUAAGUGUGGGUGGGCAUGGCGGGCAUCCCUUGCACUAAGUGUGGCCGGGCGCUGCGGGCAUCCCUUGCACUAAGUGUGGGUGGGCACGGCGGGCAUCCCUUGCACUAAGUGUGGCCGGGCGCUGCGGGCAUCCCUUGCACUAAGUGUGGGUGGGCACGGCGGGCAUCCCUUGCACUAAGUGUGGCCGGGCGCUGCGGGCAUCCCUUGCACUAAGUGUGGGUGGGCACGGCGGGCAUCCCUUGCACUAAGUGUGGGUGGGCGCGGCGGGCAUCCCUUGCACUAAGUGUGGCCGGGCAUAGGGCUUGGCACGGCAGGCACCUACAUUUGCACAAGGGGGGGGGGUCUCUUCUAUCGAAUCAACUGAGACUCUGAAUUGAACCCCGGGGGGCGGAGUCUUGGGGGGGGUUAGUAGGAAACUGGGUGCUGGGUGGGAACUUGGGUAUCAAUUUCCAUUUGUCUGGCUGUGAGACAGCGCCACCUGCUGGAGCGAUUGUGCCAAGCACAGAACUUCUCUCUUCUACCCACAGGGAUUAAAGGUUUUCUUUUUGUACCUUU